AUGAACGACGUACCAGGCGCCAUCGGCGUCUUGUGCGGCGUCUUGUGGAAUCUCACCACACCUGUCGUCCCCGCCCUCUCGAUGGCGUGGGACGCCCUCCUCCACAACAUCUACCUCGCAGCCGACCUCACCGCCGCUGCCUGUGUUCUCUUCGCCUAUACCCUCAUCUGUCCCACCUCUACUCUGGUUUGCCGUCUCGCUCGCCACGUCAACUACUUUGGGCACAUAACCGCUUUGUUGUCGGCCGCCUACCUCUUUGUGCUUGGUCUCUACCUAUUCAUCGCCGAGUAUCGCCUUGGCCUUGUGCUCACGGUGGCAUCGCCAAUCAUCGUAAACCUGUCCUCGCUUGCUGCUGGCAGCGAGGCAGACUCUGAUGCGAUGGAAGACUAUGACUUGAGCCAACGAGAGCCCGAUACUGCUGAGCUCUCCGAUAAAACCUCUACAACCAAGACAAGCGACGCCCACGACGGUCCCCCCACCAAGGCAGCGAUCUGGGCUUACUGUCGAUGGAUCUUCAACUGCGCCAACUCGCUGCUGCUUGUCUCUACAUUGGACUUCAUAGCAUCGCAGUUCAUCGUCAGCAUCGCAGUCACCUCAAUCACAACCGGCCCGAUCUUCAUCAGCGACGACCGCCUCGAGCUUUUCAAACCCCAGGUGCUGUUCGAGGUCAACAUUACAGAGGUCGCAGUCGCAACAGCCAACGCGACAGAGAGCAAGACCCGCAUCUCCACACCGGUGAACACAAUCCCCGACUUCAUCACCGUCUUCGGCAGCCCGACCCAAGCUGUGCCUACGCCAGCGCCGGUCGCAAAGUCGAUUUGGGCGCCGGCAGCAUCGUCAACACCGAUGCCCACACCAGAGCCAACACCAAGCAAGGUCCCCGAUCCAGAGCCUGAGCCUGAGCCAGAGCCAGAGCCCAAGCCAGAGCCCCAAGAAUGGAUCGCUCCCGAUGAGGUCUUCCCAGUCUUUGAGGAGAUGAUCAACAAGUACAUCUCCCAAGCCAAGGCAACUAAGGAAUGGUGGCUCGAUCUCGAGACGGUAGCACAAUCCAUCGUCAUCGCAACCGCAGCCGCCGUCGCCUGGGCUCUCCUCCCAGUGCUCGGUCAUGUCACGGCUGCCUCCACCAUCACCGCCACCGCAUCAUACACCUCCAGCCUGCUGUUCCCCAUCCUACAGGAACAAGGGCUCACCCGCGAUCAGGCCCUGGUACUCUGCAUUUCGCUCGCCCUGGACAUGACCAUGAUAGCCACCUCCACUCUCUAUCGGCUCUCGCGACGACGGGGCCAACAGUCACAGCCACGGAUCAAUGCUACCGUCGACAACGCCGACCAGUACACUACUAUCAUCGGCCACGGUCACCCCAGCAGCAGCAGCAGCUCGGACAACAACCAUCUCAAAGCCUACCUUCCCCAAUUAGGAGGAGACCAGCCCGAGGCCGACGACAACGUCCGCAUGUACAUCGAGGGCAUCGUCAAGGAGCAGGCGACCAAGCUCGCCCAGGACGUCCAGCUCCACGCCAUGAUCACCAACGCCGUGCUGCUCGCCCUGCAGGGGCCCGACAAGAUGCCCACGCACGCCGCCGCGUGGAACCGCGUCUCGCAGCAGAUGUGGUGCCACUUCGUCCAGCACACGGUCGCCGCCUGUCUCAGGGAGCAGCAGCAGCAGCAAGCCCACACCAACAACCCCCGAACAACGGAUGCUCCCGCUGAGGGCAGCUCCGGCGGGCACUGGGCACGCUCAAGCUCUCCCGGAGACAGCCUCGACGCUCAUCCCGACGCGCGCAACAACGACGGCGACAGCGCCUUCCUCCUCCCUGAAGACACCACUGAGGUGAUCUCGGGGACGGAGGGCGUCGCCGGCCUUCUCCCUGACAGGGCCCCUGGGGCAGCACGCUCGGGGGGAGGCGGCCUUCCCGCUGACCAUGCCUCUGAGGCUGGCUCGCGGGAAGGCGGCGCGCCGGGGAUUGACGUCCAUGGCGACGAGGCUGAUGACGAAACGACCAGCAACGUCGGCAACAACAACGACACGGGCGGUCCUCUGUCAGACCUGGACUACCUCGGUGAGAACGGCCGCAUCCUGGGCGAGCACCUCUGCCGCCUGUUUGCGCGCCUGCUGCAGGGGGACUACCCAGAUCGCAGGCCGACCCGCCGCGGCAAGAAGAAGUCGAGGAAAGACAGGGCUGAGGCUGCUGCCAAGGCUCAGCAGCAGGCCGAAUCAGAGGCUGAGCAGCGAGUCUCAUCGGGGCCCGGCUCAGAGGAGCCGGUGUCGCCCGAGCACCAGGGCGGACCAGAGCAGGACGGCGCUCACAUUCCUCCUUCCCCAGGCGACGGCGUCAAUGACAUCAACGUCGCCCUGGGUCAACCAGAGCCUGCCCCUACCGCUGCCGAGGAGGAGAGCAAGGAGAGCAAGGAGAGCAGCAGCGAUGGACAGGGCGGAGACAACAAAGACACUCCUGCCACCAGCACGCCAGAGCAGAACGGCGUCGUCGUGGCAUCUCACUCUCCCGACGACAACUGCGCGGAGCCCUCUGCGAGCAACAUCGAUAGCAGUAACGGCGAGGUACCCAGCAUCCCUACCGGAAUAAUGGAUAGCCAGGGCGGAGACAACAAGGACACUCCACUCCCCACACCUCCUCCUCCGGUCAAGAAGAACAAGGGUCUUGCCGGGUCUCGCUUCGCCGACGAGGACUACACGCCUGCCCCCAUCACUCCAGUAAAGGAUGAGGCUUGGGCUGCCCGAUUCAAGAAAAAUAUGCCUCCUACAAGCAAAGGCGACGACACCAGCGCCAGCCAGCACCGUCGCGGCAGCAGCAAAGACGCUGAGGCGGCCAGCACUUCCACUGGCGGCGGCCAGCACGGAGACAACAAGACCACUCCUCUUCCCGCCCCUCCUCCAGUCAAGAAGGGCAAGGGCCUAGCUGGUUCUCGCUUUGCAGACGAUAGUUACACGCCGGUCUCCAUCCCCCCAGUCAAGGAUGGUCUCUGGGCUGCCCGCUUUGGGAAAGAGACGGCUUCUCCAAGCAGCACCGGCGGCGAGCAGGGAGAGAACAAGGACUCUCCUGUCGCCACCACUCCAGUCAAGAAGGGCCUUGGAAAUUCUCGCUUUGCCAAUGAGGCGGCUCCUGUUAAGGGCAGCUCGGGCCGCAACGACAACACCACACCACACCACCGGCGACGCCACGGGCGAGGGAAACGUGGGUAA